AGUGCAGCUCACUGCAGUGUAACGAAAGUAGUGGUCUUACAUUUCACAGGCUCUCCAGCGCCACGCCAAGCCAGCGUCACAGCCACAGCCGUAUUCUGUCGUUUUUUUUUUAUCUGCGUUGAAUCAUUCUAACGCACCGGGACUUUGGAGAUACGGACCGCGUGCAAAUGUUAAAAGUCAAUCUGGAUCAUAUGCUACGUUCAUCCUUUAUGCGCUCUCCAGCGGCAAAACCUGGCGAGGGGAGUGAACUGACAGAGUUCUGCUAUGUAAACUGACACCAGCAUCUUUCUCGUUUUCUCGUUGUUUGGAAAGAAAACAUGGGGAGACAAAGACGCUAUGCCUAAAUGCUUUUUAUGCUCGAAAAUGUGGAAACUCUGAUCAAUGAAGGUGUUAUUCCAGCUUGGACUUUACUAGGCUCGACGAAAGGUUGCGUUCCAAUAUUCCGUGCUUUACGGAAUCGGUUGUGCUAAAAGACUUCACAGCCUGAAUAUUACAUUGUUACUACUGCGAGGGGGCACCGUACAAGAUACUACCUUCACUAAGGCUUCCAAGGGGGACUGCCUUUAGUGUCUCGAGUUGCCAUCUCUCGGCGUCCAAUCAGAGGAGCUGCAAAAUAACUGUGUGGAGAGCAGGACUGACAGGAGACAUGGGCGGAGCUAAAGUCCUGCUCCUGAUGCUUGUCAUUGGCUGGGACAAGACGAUGUGUGUCAACUGGAAUCCAAUCCCCCGCAAGACGGUCCGGCACACUGAAGUGUCAGACAGCAUGGCGCGGUUUCACGCGGCGGGAGUGUGCAAUUACAGCAUCUUGACGCUGUCCGAGCAUGACAAGGUGCUGUAUGUCGGCGCAAGAGAGGCCCUUUUCGCCCUGGACCCCAAUGACAUCAGCACGCAACUGAGGCCUCAGAUUGAGUGGCCAGCCCCUCAGGACAAGAAGAAAGAGUGCGCUUCGAAGGGAAAAAACAACCAGACGGAGUGCUUCAACUACAUCCGACUCCUGCAGAGCUACGAUCACACACAUCUCUACACCUGCGGUACCUACGCCUUCCAGCCCAAGUGUGCUUUCAUUAACAUUGACCACUUCAGUCUCAACACUGCCGCCCUGGAGGAUGGCAAGGGAAAGUGUCCAUAUGACCCUGCUAAGAGCUACACCGGUCUCAUCAUUGAUAAAGAACUGUACUCUGCCACCUUCAACAAUUUCCUGGGCACUGAACCAGUGAUUCUGCGUAACCUGGGCCAGCAGCACUACAGCAUGAAAAGUGAACCUACAUGGCUUGGUGAGCCAGAGUUUGUGGGCUCAGCGGUGGUGAGGGAGAGUCGGAGCAGCAGCGAGGGUGACGAUGAUAAGAUCUACUUCUUCUUCAGCGAGCGUGCCGUCGACCUGGACUGCGAUCCAGAGCUCACUGUAGCCCGAGUGGCCCGCAUCUGCAAAGGAGAUAUGGGGGGCACUCUGACCCUGCAGAAGAAGUGGACCACCUUCCAGAAGGCUAACCUGGUGUGCUCGCUCCGUGACCGCCACGUCACGUUCAACAAGCUGCGGGCCGUCUUCACCCUGCCGGGAGUGGACUGGCGGGGCACCAGCUUCUUCGGCCUCUUCCACGCCCAGUGGGGCGAUGUGGACGUGUCGGCUGUGUGUCAGUACCAGAUUGAGGACAUGAGGAGAGUGUUUAACGGGCCUUAUAAGGAAAUCCAGCAGGGCUCUGGGCGCUGGACGCGCUACCGGGGCGCCGUGCCCAGCCCCCGACCAGGAGCGUGCAUCACCAACUGGCACCGCGAGAACAACUACAACAGCACCCUGCAGCUCCCAGACACCACCCUCAACUUUGCCAAGAGCCACCCGCUGAUGGAGGAUGCUGUGGAGGCGCAGCCCCUGCUGAUCACCAAGGGGGUCAACUUCACCCGGCUGGCCGUGGACCGGGUCAGCUCACUGGACCAGCGCCAGUACAACGUGCUCUUCAUCGGCACGGCGGAGGGAUGGCUUCAAAGAGUGGUAAUCCUGGGCACUGAGGCCCACGUGAUUGAGGAGAUCCAGCUGUUUGAUACCCCGCAACCCGUGGACAGCUUGACCAUAUCCCACACCAAGAAGUAUUUGUACAUUGGCUCGAGCUCCGCGGUUCUCCAGCUGCCCUUGGCCAAUUGCAGCCGUUACCACUCGCAGCCAGACUGCCUCCUGUCCAGGGACCCGUACUGCGCCUGGGACAGCGAGGGACGGGCCUGCAUCCGCUUCGACCUCCACGGCGGGUCGACCUCCACGCUGACACAGGAUCUCAUGCUGGAUAGAUUCAAAGGCAAGUCCAAGAUCCAGAAGCCUGUCUCCAUCCCCAGCCCAGAGCACUCCAGGCUGAAGAACGUGACUGUGGUUGUCGGGUCUGACCUGGUGCUCCCCUGCCACCUCGUGUCCAACCUGGCCCAGCCCUCCUGGUCCCUGAACGACAAGGAGCUGGACCUGGGCAACGAGGCCAGCUCGGGGCCCCGGUUCGACCGAGCCCUGAGGGCCCUGGUGGUGCCCGAGGCCGGCGCCCCCCAGGCGGGCCGCUACGUGUGCUACUCGGAGGAGCAGGGCGUCAAGUUCCAGACGGAGCGCUACCAGGUGGCGGUGGUGGCCAGCGCCCCGAUCGUCAUGGAGUCCCGGGCUCCAGACGGCAGCAUGGGGCUCUUCUGGGUGCUGGUGAUCACCCUGGGGGUGGCCUGUCUGCUCCUGCUCAUCAUCUCCCUCUAUCUGCGGCGCCGGCUGAAGCUGGCCUUGGGCAAGGGUGCCGAGAUGAAACCGCUGGAGAGCACGCUGGUGUACCCCAUCACCCUCCCCAAGGAGCCGCCCACGUUCGUGCCCAGCAAGAUGCCCAACGACGAGGACCGCUUCUGGGAGACGGGCGCCAACUACUACUACUCGGACGGCUCGCUGAAAAUCGUGCCCGGGCACGCGUUGUGCCCCGCGGCAAGCUCCUCGUCGCCCAGCGCCAUCCCGGGACAGCCCAUCCACUCUCCCAGCCGCCUGAGCCUGACCAGUAUCCGCAACUCGGGCGCCAACGGCUACAUCCGACUCAACCUGAGCACGGCCGGGGAGGAGAGGAGCAGUGGGGGAGGCCUCACCACCGGAGGUGGGGGAGCUCUAAGUGGCAGUGGGAACGACUAUUCCAGCCCCUUCAGGGAGGAGCUGCGCCGAACCCUCCAGCAGAGGAGCGUCCUGCCCGACGCCAACCCGGAGGAAUCCUCCGUGUAGGUGCGGGCGGGGCUUCUCGUCGGAGCAAGGCAGUGGACGGACUGGCCCAGCAAAGUGACCUACCUCCCUCCUGGAUGGAGACUUCUUUCUCUCUCACUCACUUACUCGCUCUCUCACUCAAUCACAAUCAAGACUCGACCGUUCCUCCUACCCUCUCUCCCUGGCUCCCCCUUUGCUUAUUCAGCUCAAAGUGACUUUUCUUGGCAAAUUUCAAAGCGCUGUCCCCGUUGGGCGAUGCUCCAAAACCUGCUUCAGUCUGCCCUACACACAAACACACACGCACACACAGACAGAUUUCAGCUCCGUUAAAGCCUGCUCCCUCUAACCGACGCAUUGCAACCUUUGCCGUGACUACAAGAUCCUUUGUGCAAUUUCUACAUUGUGUAAAUUCUGUAUGUAAAGACACUGCAAGCGGGAAUCUGUGAAAUUGCACCUUGAGCAUGUCACAUCCGGUUUAGGUUCAGAGGGCACUGUGAACACUGAAUAGAAUACAUUGAGCCAGCCAUCCAGACAGACCUUGGCCAGGAGCUGUAAUGCUCAAGCAAACUGCGAGAGACACCAUUGGAAAAACUCGCCAAGUUUCCCGUAGGAGGUUCAAUUAUUUGCUUGCUGCACUUUCACCGCCGUCUGGCCGUUUUUUU